GCUGCUGGAGGCCGCCGCCGAAACCGCCAUACCCUUCUGUGCAAAGGACAUCAGUGAUGAUCUGAUGAAAGAGUUUGCUUUUCUGUCUGGUGGCCGAGGGAAGGACAAGGCUUGGAUUAUCACCCUCCCCGACAAUGCUCGCUUCAACGAGGUGCCCGAGGAGACUGUGUCUAAAGUCUUAACAUACCUAACGUCAAUCCCGAGUCAAUAUGAGUCUGACACCAAAUUUAUCCUAAUCCUGGAUAGAAGAUUGGACACAUGGACAUCAGUCAAAAUGACUCUUCAAAAAAUAGCAGCAUCAUUCCCAGGGAACCUGCACUUAGUGAUGGUUCUUCGUCCCACGGGGUUUUUCCAGCGCACCUUCACUGACAUUGGGUUUCGGUUCAGCCAGGAGGAUUUUCUGCUCAAGUUACCGGUUGUUAUGCUGAGCUCGGUGAGCGACCUGCUGACGUACAUUGAUGAGCAGCAACUGACCCCGGAGUUUGGGGGCACCCUGGAGUACUGCCACAGCGAGUGGGUCAUCUUCAGGACUGCCAUAGAGAGUUUUGCACUAACCGUGAAGGAAAUUGCACAGAUGUUACAGUCCUUUGGCAUGGAGCUGGCAGAGACCGAGCUGCCCGACGACAUGUAUUCCAUCGAGCGCAUCCUGGCCCUGCGCACGGAGAAGUACUACCAGCUCAAGGAAGAUAUUACAGCAGUCACAAAAGAGGGAAACUUGCUUUUGAGCAGUUUUGAAGAGCCUGACACUGAGGAAUGCAGCCAGGACCAGCACCAUGAGAGGCCUGGAGACUGGGAGACUGUGAAUCGGUUACUUGGUCAGCUGCGUGAGAUGGAGACUGCUUUUGAUGGCUUCUGGGAAAAACACCAGUUAAAAAUGGAACAAUAUUUGCAGCUGUGGAAGUUUGAGCAAAGUUUUCAAGAGGUCAAGAAUGCCAUUGAAUUUUUAAUGGGUCAGCAAGCAGAGCUUCCCGACACUGGGGACAGUGUUGCCCAAGUGAAGCAGAGGCUCAAGGACUUGGAUCAUUUUGAUGGUAUGGCUCAGGAUCUGAUAGGGAAGGCUCAGGUGGUGAUACUGCAUGGACACCAGCUAGCAGCAAAUCAUCACUACGCACUCAACUUAAUCUGCCAGCAAUGCAAUGAGCUGCGGCACCAUUCUGAUGUCUUGUCUGAUGAGAUCAAAAGGAAGCAGAUGCGACUGCAGAAGACCUUGGAUCUUCAUACCCGGCUUCAGCAGGCUCUGCAGUGCUGUGACGAAGGUGCCUACCUGCUUGCCAACCAGCAAAUGGAUAAGUGCCAGUCUAAAGAAGGCGCUCAGAAAGCUCUCCAAGACAUAGAAAGAUUUCUUGAAAGCUCUUCAGCCUACUUAAACUAUGAUCCCCAAGCCCUACAUUACGAUUUCGAGUCAGUCUUAACAUCUGAGUUGAAGUGCCAGAUCCAGUCGGUGCAGGUCAAGCUUGAGAACGUUCGGAGCAUGUUUGAGAAUCGGCAGUCCUGCUUCAAGAAGCUGUUGGAUAAACACGUGCGGCCCGUCCAGCUGGUGGCUCCUCGGCCAGAAAAUCCACCCAGAUCAAAAUCACCAUUAUUUUCGCCUAAACAUGGUGUGGAUUUUAAUUCCAGUUUGAAAUUUUCAUUUGAUCUUUCUCUCCCUGGGAAGAAAACAUCAAGAAAAACUCCGAGUUCUCGCAAGAUCGAAGUAAUGCACGACUAUCAGGAAAAACGGAAUUCCUUGCAGUAUUUUAUUUCAGACAGUGAUGACAGCUUAGAUAUACUAAAAGGACAUGUUAUAAAUGAGCUUAUAGAAACUGAGAGAGUGUAUGUAGAGGAACUCUUCACUGUUCUGACGGGCUACAGAGCUGAGAUGGAUAAUCCUGCCAUGCUCAUCCUCCUGCCUCCCGUGCUGAGGAACAGGAAGGACGUCCUCUUCGGAAACAUGUCCGAGAUAUAUGACUUCCACAACAAAAUUUUCCUGCACAGUUUGGAAAACUGCCUGGGAGCACCCGAGAGAGUGGGAUGUUGUUUCCUAGACAGGAGAGAGGAUUUCCAGAUGUAUGAGAAGUACUGCCAGAACAAGCCCCGGUCGGAGUCCCUGUGGAGGCAGUGCUCCGAAAGCACCUUCUUCCAGGAAUGCCAAAGAAAAUUAGAACACAAACUCGGGCUGGAUUCCUAUUUACUUAAACCAGUGCAGCGCCUGACAAAAUACCAGUUACUUCUAAAGGAGCUGUUAAAGUACAGCACGAGCUGUGAUGGAGUUCAGGAACUUCAAGAAGCUCUGGUUGCAAUGUUGGAUUUGCUGAAGUCAGUCAACGACUCUAUGCAUCAGAUUUCAAUAACAGGAUAUGAUGGUGACCUGAGUGAACUGGGGAAAGUGUUGAUGCAGGGAUCUUUCAGCGUUUGGACAGGACACCGAAAAGGCCCGACGAAAAUGAAGGAUCUUGCCAGAUUCAAGCCGAUGCAGAGGCAUCUGUUCCUGUAUGAGAAAGCCUUGGUCUUCUGCAAGAAGCGAGAGGAGCACGGAGAUGGAUAUGACAAAACCUCAUCUUACAGUUUUAAGCAUUUUUUGAAAAUGAAUGCAGUGGGAAUAACUGAGAAUGUGAAAGGAGAUCAUCGGAAAUUUGAGAUCUGGUACAGUGGGCGAGAAGAGGUCUAUGUUGUGCAGGCCCAAACAGUAGAUCUGAAGAUGGCAUGGUUGAAUGAAAUACGAAAAAUUUUGUUCAAGCAGCAGGAGCUUAUAAAAGUAGAGAAGCAGCAGCCUGGCUCAGGCACAGACCAGAUCCCGCUCUCCUCCCAGCUGAGUGAUGGAAAGCAGCAGAGAGCCUCCAUAAGCUCAGAAGAGAACGACUCAGAGCGCACCAGCCCGGUGAUGUUGGACAGUGGGCUCGUGUCCCCCCAGAACAAGCCCCACCGAAGCUGGCCAGGAAUGUCUCAGUCCCUGGAAAUCUGUGAGGGGCUGGAGGAGUGGUCGGGUAACCAGUACCUCUCCAACUGCUCGGACACUGAAGAGGAGGAUGGGAACCAGCUGUCUCCAGGAAAAUACAAAGCCCUUGCAGACUGCAAGAGGAGAGGAUCAGAGGACCUGCUGGUGAAAAACGGGGAUGAAAUUCAGCUCGUGCAUGAAGAUGGUGAGGGACAGUGGUUGGUGAAAAACCUAAACAGAAGAAAAGAAGGCUGGAUUCCUGUCCACAGUCUGCAGAUAGUAGUCGGUGACUGCAGAUUUCGGAAUGCCAAAGUUGCAGAUUUCUUUGCAAGAGCACUGAGUAGAAGAUCCAGGAGAAGAGAUGGAGUCUGACCAGGGAUUCCUGUGACUGUUUUGCCUACUCGCUGCUGUAGCCCAAACCCCGUGUGAACAGGAGGCACCUAGGCAAAACCUCCUCCUGCUGCAAAAGACAUCGUGGCCUGACCCCCAGCACUCUAAAGGCAAUACUUCAUCCCUGCAGCCUCACUCCUGCCCUCAUUGCUGCCUGCUGGUUAAUCCCAUCCUUAGAUAAAUUUUAUAAUAAACAGGUUACCAGCUUUUGGCCGAAGGCUUCUAGUCUCGAAAACCGUAUUUCACAUUUUCUAGCUGUAAAUGUACAUAGAAAUAGGUAGGGAAGCAUAACAGAUGACACAAGAAAAUGCCUUAAGAGCAGCCUGUCGCCCUUGCCAUGUAUGCAGCAUCACCGCUCCAUGUGUUGCCUCAUCACCAUGCUGUUCACUGGAAAUGGGAGACCAGGGUUUCAGGUGGGAACAGCUCAGGAAACCCACAUAGACUUAGUCCAUUAAAAAAAAAAAAAAAAGAAAAGAAUACACUAGUUAUGACCAUAGGAAGCAAAUUUCACAACGAGUUUUAUCUUUAAAUACUUCCUUUUUGUCAAAAUCUGUUAUUUUGAUGAACAUGAAGGAAGCCUUCUGAAAGGCUUAAAAUUCCAGACAGCUCUUGAUGGUUUGCCAGUAUAUUUCAGUGAAAUCCUUCUUAUACAGGAAGGUAUUUUUUAUCCCCUUUGUUAAAGGGCAAUCUCACAGGUUGGAGGUUUUCUGACUUUAUGUAAAGGGUAGUUUGCUAACCAGUGUUCAAAUUUUGCUGGCACCCUGUUUUCAAGAUGCAAUUAUGUCUACCUUGAUCUUCUCUGCAUGUAUAGCUAUCCCAUCCCACCAUAUUCUGUGCAGGAGGGUUCUCCAGCUGUGAAUGCAACUCAAAAACAGGGUGCUGGCAAACUUUGAACCUUGGUUUGCUUUGUCAGUGGUCAUAUCCCUGAAAGCCAGAGACUCACAGCUCCAGACUGGUUUACAAAGUUGUUGAGUACAAACUAAGGAGAAUUUCACAAGGUGAAAUCACAGAAAGCUCCUCCUGUGAGUCCCACACCACUGCCUAGGUGCUUUGCAGUCGUGUCCCAUGGUUUAGUUGCAGCACUGAGGCUCUGUUUUCCCUGUGAGGGUAAUUCUGUUCUCUUUUGCUGUUGCUGAUCGUGCCUGCAGUCUCAAGGCAUGGUUCUAAUUUUACGUGCACUCCAGGCAAUAUUGUGGGAUGAUGUAGGAUGUUUUCAUGCUAUUUCCUAGAGCUAUUCCUAGAGCUUUUUGAUUGCAGAAUGAUGUAGGAUGUUUUCUUGCUAUUUCCUAGAGCUAUUCCUAGAGCUUUUCAGCGACAUGUCCUUAUAGCCAUAAGCAACUUGCACUCUGAAAAUUGACUUUAAGACGGUACCUUUGCAUUUGGCAAUUCUCUUUCCUCUGUGGGCUGGUCACUUCACACUGCAGGUGACACUGUACCACUGACUCCUCAGGAAUGCAGUCUGGAUUGGGCUCUUUUCUGCUUCUUCAGAAGAGGGAGCUCUUGCUCCAAUAUAGCACAGGGAGAAUUAGGCAGCCAAGCUUUGUAGAGCAAAGUAGGGGCAGGAGGGAGCACUGGAACCCUCUUGUAUUAUGAGCUGCUUGUGCUGAAAUGCUGUUUUACAUGUAAGCAGGGUAAACAUGAUUAACAUGUUGUGGGGUCCCCAAGAGCUGAGAGCAUUCUGGAGUCACUUCAGCGCUGGGGGAGGGGCAGUUCCUGGCCCUUCACGGGAGCAUUGCAUCUGUUAUUUCCCCAGGUCCCCCUAAUAAAUAAAAAUAUAUGUCCAAUUACAGAAGCUCAUAACAGAAUUCAUACAAAUCUGGGUUUGAGGAUGUUUUUUUCAGUGCAAAGCCUUUAGUUGAAUAGAUUACAUUGUUUCCUUAUCUUCACAUUUUUUUUCUUAAAUUUGUGCUGUGGCCCUAAAAAAAACCUCCCACCACAAGAUGUCUGAUACACUUACAAGCUGUUCCUCUCCCUCCUGCUAAUUAUUCCUGUGUUGAGCCAAUACAAAUCAUAAUGAAGUUACAGGGAACUUUUUCCUGCCCAUUUUAACUUAGCAAAGGUCCAUGCCCUACUGCCUGGCCAUCUCUAGCUUUGCAAAUCCACCAUCCUCUUGUAAAUCUUGGCCUGGAGAUAAGCCAGAGGCUUUCUGGGAGGAAGAUAGCUGGCUUGGAGAUCAUUUUGAAAACAAGUUUUCCUUCUGGUGUGCCUCUAGCUGUUAAGUUCUGAGUUUAGUCCUUGCUGCUUUCUUCCGAAUAGAUUUAUUCACUCUUCUGUGCAAAUCCACCGUGGAUUUUUUGUGCCAUAGGAAAUGUUUUGUAUUGAAGGGGAUUACACGCAGAUCUCAAAAUGAUCAAAAUGAGAAAAAUUUGGAGAGAACUCUGCUCAGAAAGAGCAAUAUUCAGAAAAUAGCUACUGCUGAGGUUCACCCAUGUGUUGCUAGUGCCAGCUGCCUUGCUAGAGCUGUCAGGCAUUGCCUGGUCUACUGACUUGGUUUUGCUAUGAAUUAACAAGAUGUGGAAUUACCUCCUCAUUUCAGGGAAGGUGAGGGCUGCAGCAUUACAAUCCCAACUCCUCUUCUGCAGUAGGCCAGGAGACUAAACAUUUCUGCAUGUCCCUUGGUGGAUGAUGUGCCAAAAUUACAAUUUAUAGCACUGGCAGUGUCUGUGUCAGUGAAGGAAGAAACGUCUCACCUCUCAGCUGUGCUGCAGCUUCAUGGCAAAGGGAGAGUGGGGUCAGCAGAAAUGAGGUCCUUGCUGUAACCCAAAGUAGAUGUGACUUGUUUUCUCUUCAGUGACACAGUGCUCAUGUCCAGCAGCAGUGCAGCCUCCCCUCUCAUCAAGGUUAAGCACUGUCCCUGCUAAUCUUUUCUCUCAGCAGUGGUAAACAGAUGCAAGCUAAAGGAAACAUGUUGUUUGGUCCCAGAUUUUCACAUCAGAGUUUAACUUUUUUCACCUGAACUUUAAAAGCUGGGCAGAGAGAAGGGCGAGUGUCUAAUUUCCACUCACUGCAUGGAGAUUGUGUGAGACUGAUUUCUUUUAAAGAGAGCCUGAAAUAGAGUAGUCUGAAGGAACUUCAGAGUAAAGGAAGGGAUUAGAAUGAAAAGUAGAAGCAGUGAUAGAUGCCUUUACUCAUUAUAAAUAUAAAAGAAACAUUGCUACAACUUUCAAGUUCUUUUAAACAGAAAAAAAGUGUUAUGGCAGAAUUUGUCUCGAGUCCAAAGCACUCAGAGCAGGCAUGGAAGGAUGCUCUGUGCCAAAGGCAGCACCCACUAAAUUUAGCCCCAUCCCUGGAAGUGUUAAAGACCAGGCUGGGUGGGGCACCAAGCAGCCUGAAUUUGUGGGUGGCAUCCCUGUCCUUGGCAGGGGAUUGGAACUAGAUGAUCAUUAAGGUCCCUUCCAACCCAAACCAGUCUGUGAUUCUAUAAUUCUGUGAUUUAAGGAGGACACCUGUUCUACCAGACCCUCUCCUAGUUUGCUUUAACAGCCUAGUUGCCAAAUUAUCUCUUCCAAGCCUUAAGGGGAUCCCCUGUGUGUGCUCUUCAUGCCAUAAAGCUGAGCAAAGGUUUCCCCCGCUGGUAGUGCCUGAAGGACCGAGCUUGCAUGUCCUCUGCUCCUGCUGGCCAGGGUGCUGGGGAUCAUCCUCUUGACUGUGGUUAGCUUGAGGCAACCCUUUUGUGGCUCAAAUCGGCCAGAGCAGGGUAUUUAUUGUAUGUGGCUGAACUCUUGAGCUCUCGCGGGCUGGCAUAAGCAUGUUGGCUGAAACACGCAAGUUUUGUCUAAGUCCUGGUUAAAAUGCCACUUGUAGUUUGCAGAUGCAGCGCAGCUGUUUGCACUAUCACUCAUGCACUUUAAUGAUUGCAGCCACAGGCUUUUGUAUUUAUGCAGGGUCCAUUAAAGGCAAUGCUGAUUUCUUUUUGGCCUCUGAAACGUAAAGCAGGGUCUCCUCCUGUGACCUGAGAUCCCAGCCAGCUUCACUGAACAGAUAUUUAGUAACACCAUAGAAAACCAUUUUGAGCCUGACAAAAUAAGGAGUCUAGAGAAGAUAUCAGCUGGCCUUGCUGUGAUAAUGAAGUGAUAGAUGAUGGAAAUGAGUCAAACCCUGUGGUCCUGCCUUAGUCAAGGCUCUCUCUGAAGCCAGUGGGAGUUCAGCUUUUAGGGAGAACUGCAGGAGUUCGCUUAUUUUUUUAUGUUAUACAAAUGUUACAUGAUUACAGGGAACAAUGUAUUUCUUGGAAUCAGAUGCUUUAAUAUUAACAUCAUUCUCCAUUACU